AAGUCAGAUCGGUCGUGGAGCUGCUCGGCUGCUGUCAUCUCUGAGAAGCUUCACGUUCACCUUCAUAAUGUUUGAUUUCCAGAUGACUGCAGCGCACACGAUGCUCCACAAACAGGAGCAGAUGCCGUGUUGACUUUUCCAUGAAGUCAAACCUGAGAGGACGCCCGGCCAACAGACACGCUGAGAAACAGCUGGGUGACUGAUCCAACACAUCUGCUGCCGAAGGGUCAAUUUCAGUUGUGAAACAAACUCUCACAGACAUUUCUAAUGGCGUCCAAUGUCACCGCCGCCGCUGCCACCUCUGCGCCGCUCAGCGUCUCAGCUCAGGUCGGCAUCGCCAUCCUGACUCUGGCCUUUGUGCUGGGCUUCCCCGGGAACCUGUUCGUGGUCUGGUCCGUGUUGUGCCAGGUGAAGAAGCGCUCGGUGACCUGCUUGUUGGUGAUGAACCUGGCUCUGGCGGACGCGUCCGUGCUGCUCACCGCGCCUCUCUUCCUGCGGUACCUGGCUGGAGGCCGAGGCUGGGAGUUUGGCUCAGUGGCAUGUAAGCUGGUGCACUACCUGUCGAGUGUCAACAUGUACGUGUCCAUUUACCUCAUCUGCCUGAUGAGCAUGGACCGCUGGCUGGCUGUCACUCAGCCUUUUCUGUCCCAGCGAAUGAGGACCAAGCGCUCGCUGCUGGUCCUCCUGUUGGGGGUCUGGGUGACGGCGUUCAUCCUGUCGCUGCCGAUGCCUUUUUAUCGCAGUAAUCUGAAGCUCAAACUACAGAACAACAUCACUGCCAGCUAUUGCAUUCCGUACCAUUGGAAAAGCGUGGGCCACCAGGUCUUCCAGUACCUGUUUGAGACCUUCAUGGCCUGCCUGGUGCCCUUCUCCCUCAUCAACACCUGCUACGCCACCGUCAUCUGCCGCCUGCGCAGCGCCAUGUUCAACCGCAGAGGACAAGGCAGCCGCCUCAUCCUGAUGAUCGUUUGUGCCUUCGCCGUGUUCUGGCUGCCGUAUCACAUCGUCAACAUCGUACAGGUGAUUGGCCUGUUGCAGAAAAGCGACUCAGUGACCGGGGCUGCACUCAGAGCUCGACCCAGCGUCACCGCCUUCGCCUACUUCAGCAGCGCCGUCAACCCCGUCCUCUACGUCUUCGCCGGCAGCUCCCACAUCCGCAAGGCCGGCCUGAGCUUCAUGGGCAAACUGUUCGACGACACCAACUCCGAGAGCAGGACCACGUCGACCUUUUCCCGCAGCGGCCGCAGCCGCAGCAGCAGCUCCCGGGAGGAGACCACCGCCCUGCACACGCUGUCGGUCAAACUGGGGAACACCUUCAAAAGCAAGAACAAGGAGAAGAGCGGCAGGUCGGCGGCAAAGGAGACGCUCGCCAGUGUGGAGCAGCUGGAGUAG